AUGGAGUCCGAGAUGCUGCAGUCGCCUCUGCUGGGGCUCGGCGAGGAGGAUGAGUCCGACCUGACGGACUGGAACCUGCCCCUGGCCUUCAUGAAGAAGAGGCACUGCGAGAAGAUCGAAGGCUCCAAGUCUUUGGCCCAGAGCUGGAGGAUGAAGGACCGGAUGAAGACUGUAAGUGUUGCCUUAGUUUUGUGCCUCAAUGUCGGCGUGGACCCUCCUGACGUGGUGAAAACAACUCCCUGUGCCCGCCUGGAAUGCUGGAUCGAUCCUCUGUCCAUGGGGCCUCAGAAGGCUCUGGAAACCAUCGGGGCCAACCUGCAGAAGCAGUAUGAGAACUGGCAGCCAAGGGCCAGGUACAAGCAGAGCCUGGACCCGACGGUGGACGAGGUGAAGAAGCUGUGCACGUCCCUGCGGCGCAACGCCAAGGAGGAGCGGGUGCUGUUCCACUACAACGGGCACGGCGUGCCCCGGCCCACCGUCAACGGGGAGAUCUGGGUCUUCAACAAGAACUACACUCAGUACAUCCCACUCUCCAUAUACGACCUGCAGACCUGGAUGGGAAGUCCUUCCAUCUUCGUCUACGACUGCUCCAACGCCGGCCUUAUUGUCAAGUCCUUCAAGCAAUUUGCACUACAGAGGGAGCAGGAGCUGGAGGUGGCUGCCAUCAACCCCAACCACCCCCUGGCGCAGAUGCCGCUGCCCCCCUCCAUGAAGAACUGCAUCCAGCUGGCAGCCUGCGAGGCCAACGAGCUGCUGCCCAUGAUCCCCGACCUGCCAGCAGACCUGUUCACCUCCUGCCUCACCACCCCCAUCAAGAUCGCCCUGCGCUGGUUCUGCAUGCAGAAGAGUGUCAGGCUGGUGCCAGGAGUCACGCUGGAUUUAAUAGAGAAGAUUCCUGGAAGGCUGAACGACAGGAGGACUCCCCUGGGAGAGCUGAACUGGAUCUUCACAGCCAUCACAGACACCAUUGCCUGGAACGUCCUGCCCAGGGAUCUUUUCCAGAAGCUCUUCCGGCAGGACCUGCUCGUGGCCAGUUUGUUCCGGAACUUUCUCCUGGCAGAGAGGAUCAUGAGGUCGUACAACUGCACCCCCGUGAGCAGCCCCCGGCUCCCCCCCACGUACAUGCACGCCAUGUGGCAAGCCUGGGACCUGGCUGUUGACAUUUGCCUUUCCCAGUUACCCACAAUUAUCGAGGAGGGAACUGCCUUCAGGCACAGCCCCUUCUUCGCGGAGCAGCUCACGGCGUUCCAGGUGUGGCUGACCAUGGGCGUGGAGAACCGCAACCCCCCGGAGCAGCUGCCCAUCGUCCUGCAGGUGCUGCUGAGCCAGGUACACCGACUGCGAGCUCUGGAUCUGCUGGGAAGGUUCCUGGACCUGGGUCCCUGGGCUGUCAGUUUGGCCCUCUCUGUUGGCAUUUUCCCCUAUGUGCUGAAGCUACUUCAGAGCUCAGCCCGUGAACUGCGACCACUCCUUGUCUUCAUCUGGGCCAAAAUCCUGGCAGUGGACAGUUCGUGCCAGGCUGACCUGGUGAAGGACAAUGGACACAAGUAUUUCCUUUCGGUUCUCGCAGAUCCUUAUAUGCCAGCUGAACACAGGACAAUGACAGCAUUUAUCCUGGCUGUGAUUGUGAACAACUACAACACUGGGCAGGAAGCCUGCCUUCAGGGGAACCUGAUUGCCAUUUGCCUGGAGCAGCUGAACGAUCCCCACCCGCUCCUCAGGCACUGGGUGGCCAUUUGUCUGGGCCGGAUUUGGCAGAACUUUGACUCGGCCAGGUGGUGUGGAGUGAGAGACAGCGCUCACGAGAAGCUCUACAGCCUCCUCUCGGAUCCAAUCCCAGAGGUUCGCUGUGCCGCCGUCUUCGCCCUGGGGACGUUCGUGGGGAACUCUGCGGAGCGCACGGACCACUCCACCACCAUCGACCACAACGUGGCCAUGAUGCUGGCCCAGCUCAUCAACGACGGCAGCCCCAUGGUGCGCAAGGAGUUGGUGGUGGCCCUGAGUCACCUGGUGGUUCAGUACGAGAGCAAUUUCUGCACUGUGGCUUUGCAGUUCAUAGAAGAGGAGAAGAAUUACCCUCUGCCUUCUCCAGCUGCCACAGAGGGGGGCAGCCUGACGCCGGUGCGGGACGGGCCGUGCACACCGCGGCUGCGCUCGGUCAGCUCCUACGGCAACAUCCGAGCCGUCACCACGGCCAGGAACCUCAACAAGUCCUUGCAGAACCUCAGCCUGAAUGAGGAGUCUGGAAGCUCUGUUGCAUUUUCCCCUGGGAAUCUGAGCACGAGCAGCAGUGCCAGCAGCACCUUGGGCAGCCCCGAGAACGAGGAGUACAUCCUGUCCUUUGAGACCAUCGACAAGAUGAGACGAGUCAGCUCCUACUCCUCCCUCAACUCCCUCAUAGGUGUGAGUUUCAACAGUGUUUAUACCCAAAUUUGGAGAGUGCUCCUUCACUUGGCUGCCGACCCCUACCCCGACGUCUCUGACCUGGCCAUGAAGGUUCUCAACAGCAUUGCCUACAAGGCCACGGUCAACGCUCGCCCCCAGCGCAUCCUGGACACCUCCUCGCUCACCCAGUCGGCCCCCGCCAGCCCCACCAACAAGGGGAUGCACAUCCACCAAGUGGGAGGGUCCCCCCCAACCACGAGCACGAGCAGCUCCAGCCUGACCAACGACGUGACCAAGCAGCCCGUGAGCCGGGACAUGGCGUCCGUGCGACCUGCCAACGUGGGCAACAUGGGGGUCCAGUACACCCCCCACUCCCACCAGUUCCCCAGGACGAGGAAAAUGUUCGACAAAGGGCCAGAACAGACGGCCGACGAUGCCGACGACGCCGUCGGGCACAAGAGUUUCAUCUCGGCCUCGGUGCAGACGGGCUUCUGCGACUGGAGCGCCAAGUACUUUGCUCAGCCCGUGAUGAAGAUCCCUGAAGAGCACGACCUGGAGAGCCAGAUCCGCAAGGAGAGGGAGUGGCGGUUCCUGCGCAACGCCCGGGUCAGGAAGCAGGCCCAGAAGAUCAUCCAGAAGGGUGACUCCAGGCUGGCUGACCAGUGAAUUUAUUUGAAUAAGCUCCCUUCAGUGCCAUCUUACAAAGAGAACUGAGAACUGACUUGCUGCCUUGCUAUUUUUCUCUCCCACAGUUUUUGGGACUGGGAGAAAGGGGAGAAGCUGGACUAUUUCCACAACGGGAACCCUCGGUACACCCGGAUCACAGCGAUGGAGUACCUGAAUGGACAGGACUGCUCCUUGCUGCUGACUGCCACAGAUGAUGGUGCCAUCAGAGUGUGGAAGAACUUUGCAGACCUGGAGAAGAACCCAGAGAUGGUGACGGCCUGGCAGGGGCUGUCGGACAUGCUGCCAACCACACGAGGUCUGGCCCGAAGGGUUUCAAUCUAUCUUGACAGAAGUAAGCAGGGAGGGGCAGGGAUGGUGGUCGACUGGGAACAAGAGACUGGGCUCCUGAUGACCUCGGGAGAUGUGCGGAUAAUCCGGAUCUGGGACACGGAUCGGGAAAUGAAAGUACAGGACAUCCCCACUGGAGCUGACAGCUGUGUCACCAGCCUCUCCUGCGACUCCCACCGCUCGCUCAUCGUGGCGGGGCUGGGGGACGGCUCCAUCCGCGUGUUCGACAGGAGGAUGGCCCUCAGUGAAUGCCGGGUCAUGACCUACCGGGAGCACACGGCCUGGGUGGUGAAGGCCUACCUGCAGAAACACCCCGAGGGCAACAUCAUGAGCGUCAGCGUCAACGGGGACGUGCGGUUCUUCGACCCCCGCAUGCCCGAGUCCAUGAAGGUCCUGCAGAUCGUCAAGGGGCUCACGGCCCUCGACAUCCAUCCCCAGGCCAACCUCUUCGCCUGUGGCUCCAUGAAUCAGUUCACUGCUAUCUACAACGGGAACGGGGAGCUGAUCAACAACAUCAAAUACUACGACGGGUUUAUGGGACAGAGAGUCGGAGCCAUCAGCUGCCUGGCCUUCCACCCUCACUGGCCCCACCUGGCCGUCGGGAGCAAUGACUACUACAUCUCGGUGUACUCGGUGGAGAAGCGGAUCAGAUAACGGCGAGCGAGCGGGUCGGGGCAGGGCCUCCUGUACAUAGUGAAAUCAUCGACUUGAAUGUUUCGUGUUGGCUGCUGCUGCACCCCAUAACUUGAACAUUUGUUCUUCUGACUUAGCUACUGAUGGGUUUGACAAGGGGAAGAGACAAUCUCCUUUUUUUGUUUUUGUUUUGUUUCGUUUUCCAGCUAUAUCCUCUAAAAGCUACAGAAAAGGAACAUUUAUUUUUGUUUCCAGUGGUUGGCUUCUCUGUCAGAAACACGGCUCCUGAGCUUGGAAGGACUUGGAUGAGGCAACACCCUUGAGAAGGGUCUUGUUUUAGUCUUUGUUCCUUGUUUUACUGGAGCGUAGGUUGCUUCAAGGACUAAGUCAGGACUCACCUACAGCUCCAUGGGACCCUCCCGCUGCUGCCAACCCUGUGCCAAACAGAAUUCCUGGGACAGGGCAGCGAGACCCGAGCUGUCUGUCUGCAUGGGAUGUACCUGCUCCUGCACUGCUGAGCGGGGCAAGGGAGGCAGGGAAGUGACUCCUCUGCAUGAACCUCCUCCUCCCUCCCUGCAGCGUCCUCUCCACUGGAAGCAAGGACAGAAGGUGACCUGGUGGCCCAGGGAGGCAGGAAUCCUGGGAGAAGGGGCUCAAGGAGAUGAGAAGAGCAGGGCAGGAUGCCCCACACUGUAAGGCUGCACAUGAGGAAGAAGAGGGAAGGAAGAGAACGAAGAUCUCCAACGAUCCCACCAAGCCUGGAGCAAGUCACUUGUGUCACCAAUUCCACCCAAGCCCACAGUGCUGGUGGGGAGUCUGGGACACUUUGGCACUGUCCCUCCUGCUGCCCCUGUCCUUCUGCCCACAGAGAACUCCACAGACACGUCUGGUCCCCUGGGAGCUCUGCCCGGGCAGCGAGGGGGCCCCGGGGCCAGUCCAUGAGCAGGUGGUCACUGAGGUGGUGGUGAGGGGCUGGACACUGCACACGCUGUGUGGCCACGGCUGUGGCUUGUCUGUCCCUGGAACUGGGCAUGGAACCCCUGGGCUGAGCACGAGAGAAUCACUAAGGAGGGGGAAGACAGCAGGUCACCUGCUUUGAGCAAAGCACCUUUGUCACAGCUACCCAGGGAGAGCCUGCUCCGUCUUCCGCACCUUCCAUGUCUCAAUAAUGAAUGUUUUUGUCCCCUGGGAUCCGUGCAGGGUCUGAAAAUGGGUGUGGGAAGGGGGAGGCAAAGCCAAAGGACAGGAUUCCUUCCAGAGGUGGGAUGUACCUGGCUGAGAGCAGAACUUGCUCUGUGCAAAACUGACUGUGGCAACCUGCAAGGUCCAGAAAUUCCCAGUUUUUCUUCCAGCCAGUCUCAUGGGAUCUGCAGACUCUCAGCAAACAGCCAGCCAUGGUGAAGGAAACACUGGUGAGGGAAGGGGUGAGAAACCUUCUGUCCCUAUGCUGACGGUGACUUCACCUCUGCCACACCCCCUGUGGUGUGUCUGACCUGUCACUGCUGCUGCUGCCCCACGUCUCGUGUUCCUGCGUGUGCUGAGCACCUGGGCCAGGCCCAGGGAGGUGGCCUGGUGGCCAUCCCAAGGUGCCACCCACAUGUCAGGACUCAGGCUUGGGAGAGGGUCCUCAAACCACGGCCGGGCGCCGGGGCCUCACCGAGCACCAUCCCCCGUGUCAGGGAGGCCAAGGGCCACGUCACAGGAUGAUGAAUCAAAGGCUUUAAACUUAAAAACUACCUAAAAAUCCACUUUUCAGUUACCCAAAGUUAAUUAUGGUCUAACAGAGCUGUGCCUCUUCCCGACCCGCUCCCGCGCUGCUCCGGCGCGGCCCCGGCGGGGUCCCCUCCAUGGGAGAGCCAGAGUUUGGGAUCACACGUAACCCAUUAACAUUCACAGCUUAAAAAAACAAUAGAUUUUUAACUUAUAUCAGUGUAUUUGUUGAAGGACCAGGAAAUACCUGGCGAAGGGGGAAGGUGCGUGGUGGGAGCCGCUGCUCCUGCCAGGCUCUGGUGCAGCCCCACAUCCAGGACGUGGGAUCUCAAGGAACUCGGGCUGUUGAGCUUUCUCCUGAGCGUGUGUGGGCUGUGCUUCCACAGGUCUGAUGCAGAGAUUCAAUCAUGGAGUUUAAC